GUGGCCGGCGGUCUGUUACAUCUAACUGCUGAGAAACUGGUUCACAGUUUGACAGUCACAGUUAAUGCCAAGAUGUAUGUACCUGUAUUCCCGUGUGUGGCACUCAUUUUGAUCAGUAUUCCCCUUACCCAGUCUUGCUGCGCACCGAGUGUGUUCCAAGGAACAGCAAUGACAUACGGACUUAUUUCAGAGGGAAAGACGGCUUUCCAAAAUAUGCAGAAGUUCUACUAUGACGAGGAAGAAAAAAAGGUUGCCAGAGUCACCACAAACAUGAUGGGACAACCGGUGCGCGACAUUUUCGAUUUUCCCGCCAAAAAGCGUUACGUCAUCACCAAUGGAACCGCGUGUAACGUCACAGAUCUGAACGAGCCGUUCCAAAAGAGCUGUGUGUCUCCAUCCGCAGUUUUCAUGGGGUCAACAGUGCUAGGCAAUACCGAUGACAAUAUGAAAGUAGACAAUUAUCGCUUUAAUAUUACUCAGGGUCCCGUUACUAUCGAGACUUCCUUCAUGAUCGCCCCGAUGAAGGGAGGGGAUUGCACGGUGGUAGGGAUGGUGGCUUACGGAAAAGAUCAAAACGGGUACCAGUUUUCGGGAACGACCAUUUACAUGAAUUUCUCGUUUGAAAUCACGGACAAGUCAGUGUUUCAACCUCCCAAACAGUGCGACGAACCAGACAACACAGGAACCCUCCUCUUUGAGGUUCUCGGCGGAUUCAGCAGACAUGGUUUUUUUUUAAGAUUUAGGACAUGAUUUUUACUACGACAUUGCAUACGGUUUUCAACAACUUACUUAAAAAUAAAAAUACCUAAAUAAAAUCAAAAGAACCUUCUGUAUGUGAUCUGAAAUUGAAAACGACAUUGUUUCAGUUUUCCUUACAGAAAGUUUUAUCAUAUGUGAGAAUUAUUUUAAGUUUCCGCAUUUGCUUAGGUACCUAUUGAUUAAAAGAGGAUUAAAUUCCUAUAAUUGCUUAAUGUACCGCUUAUGACCUUUUGUUGAAAUAAAGAUUAAUUGAAUUUUCA